AUGCUUUUAAAAAUCUUUAAAAAAUCUUUACGUAAAAAACCUCUACAAGUGGGAAUUGAUCAAUCUCUUAAUUUUGAAGCUAAAAAUGAAGUCGUAUCAAGUGUUGACAAAGCCAUUUUUGAACCUGCUUUUGCCCUUAAGCAAGUACAGCAAGGAAGUAUUGAAAUGUUGCUUAUGUUUCUUUUCAUUAAGCGAUUAAUGAAGUGUACUGGAACUUCAAGAAGCCGAAAGAUUAAUUUUUUGAAGAAGCUUGCUAAAUUGUUCAUUCUCUCGUCAAAGAAAACGACUAUUAUCAAGCCAGCUGAAAAAACUCCUGAUGUUACGGACAAUUCGCUUAAUAUGUCUCUUUCAACUAUCUCUUUGGCUCAUUCUCAUGAUGAAUCUACAUUAGUUCAGGCUGUAGUAAAUGAUGAUGACAAAGCUGAAGCCUCUUUUGAUGCCUCUAAAUCCGAAGAAUUUAUGAAUCAACCGGACGUAUCAAAUAAAGAACUUAUUACUUCCAUUAAUGAUGCAAUCAUGGUAUCCUUCCCUGAAAAUCAUAUUACUGCUGGCCAUAAUACUGAUGCCUGUGAAAUGGAAUUCAACAUUGAGCCAAAUGUUUGUACUGCAUUAAUGUCAUCAAGUAGUGACUCUUUAUCUGGUAAUGAUUUACCUACACCCGUCAAUUCUAGUUCCGAAUUAUCUUCUAUGUUUGCAGAAGAAUGCAUGAAUAGCCCUGUAUGUGAUUAUAAGGCUCUUUUUAAUAAUAUUAAGUUCAAAGCUCCCAGAAAGAAGCAUCAAGGAAUCAAGAAGAUGUUUGGCAAGUUUGGCAAGACCUUGAAAAAUAUGGUCAAAAAAAACAAAAGAACAGCCUGUAUCAAGCUUCCUACUUAUGACGAUUUGAUUGCUGUAUCUACAGAAAAUGACAAUUUUGUUGCUGUAUCUACAGAAGAUGACAAUUUUAUUGCUGUAUCUACAGAAAAUGGCAAUGACAACCAUUCAUUGGUAUCAUUUCAAGAAGCUUCGUUUGAAGAAAAACAAGCUAGCUUAAUCUUUAGUGAAAGUUGUAUGUCUGAAGAAACUAAUGCUUCAGAAGAAUCUUGGGACUUGUACCGAGAAUGUAACUACCGUAAAGAUCCAACCUAUCCUGCCCUUAUAGAUCAUUAUCGGGAAUGUCUUGGCUUUUAUAUGGACUCGGUUGGCUCACAAGAAUAUGCUAAAAUCUUUAAAGAUAUAAAUGAAGAAGCAUUAAACUUUCAAGAAGAGCUUAAAAACAAACUUGAACUUAUGGAUGGCUCUAGAACUGUCGAUGUGCCAUAUUGUUGCGACCUUGAAGACCAACUUUUAAUUAAUUCCUUGAGGUUUAGAAGAUACCCUCCACCCAAAUCUUUAAAAAGCCCUGUAGCAACAAAACCUUACUUGAUCCUUAAUAACCAACAGUUUACUCAAGACGCCCAAACAAAUGCUGAGGAAGUUAUAGAGAGAGAACAAUUGAUCAAAGAGUCUAAUACUAUCGAUAUUAAUGACAUAGUUAGCUACAGAACUAAUGUUUCAAUUUUGUCAAGUAUUACUGACUUCGAUAUCAAAUGGCAAGAACAGUUUAAAAGAGAAAUGAACAACAAAGAAUCCAUUGAUGAGAUAAUUAAAAGUAUCUCUUUGGCGCUUUAUAAUAUUAUAAAGUACAACCAUGAGUGGAAUGAACUUAAUAGUAAUCCAGUAUACGGAAGUCAUAAUAUGGAAAUUUCUUCCAAUUCCCCAAAUUACGAUAUCUUCACUCCAAUUACUCAACCAGAAGAUAUAUUUCAUCAAUUCAAAUCUAUUUAUGAUUGUUGCGAUGAGUUUAAUGUAGAGCAUUCAAUAAUAAGCUACAUUUAUAUCACAAGAAUGUUGAAUUUAUCCAAUCAAAAGCUUAACGACUUUAAUUGGAAAAACAUAGUUGCUGUUGCAAUGUUAUCAUCUUUAAAGUUUUGGGAUGAUUCGUCUAUGUACACUGCUGAUUUUGUAGGCAUUUUUAAUAAUAUAGACAUGGAAAGAAUAAAGAACAUUCAUAACCGAUCUGAAGUACAGCUUUUCUAUCAAAUGCAUUGA